ACCCCCAGCUACAUUAAGCUAAUAGAACGAGAAACUGACGCCUUUGGUAAUAAUAUUUCGUCUACUUUCUCCUUUGAAACACCGCACACAACUUCAUUAGAUCCAACCGAUUCUCUGUCAGAUUCAAAAUCUACCACAUCUGACAGUUCAAGUCAUAUAGAGUCAUCUUCCAGUACGACCGAAUUUUCUGAGUCUUCCGAUAUUUCUUCGUCAAUACCGUGGACUUCCAGUUCAGAUCCAACUAUUGAAUCAGAAACAUUGUCAUCGGAAACCAUAGAUACUAGCUCCUCUGCAGACCAUUCAAGCAGUAGUAGCGAGAUAGAAACUACAUCAGAAACUGAAUCAUUUUCGUCUAUGGAAAGUUCCAGUGAAACAUUCGCUAGCGAGACAUCAAGUGAUAUUAGUCUGUCGAGUGAAGUAAGCUCUUCAGAAAUUAGCUCUUCGUCAGAGAUAUCAUCUAGUUUAGAGUCUUCGUCGAGUAUGUCUUCCUCAUCAUCAUCAGAGAUAUCCUCGUCCUCAGUGACGUCCUCAUCCGAGAUUUCAUCAUCAUCAGAAAUUUCAUCAUCAUCAGAGAUUUCAUCAUCAUCAGAAAUUUCGUCAUCAUCAGAGAUUUCUUCAACAGAACAUGAAAGUUCUUCAUUCGAGCCAUCUUCAACAGAACAUGAAAGUUCUUCAUUCGAACCAUCUUCCACAGAAGCAGAAAGUUCAUCAGCAGAGCCCAGUUCAUCAUCAGAAAUAGAAUCUUCGUCAAUUACAGAUUUUGAGGCCAGUUCAUCCUUGGAACCUAGUUCUUCGGAAGUUAGUAGUACUGAAGAACCAUCCAGUUCAGAAGCCUCAGAAAGUUCCGAGACAUCAUCAGAAUCAUCUUCAUCUUCUUCUUCAUCUUCAUCAUCGUCUUCUUCAUCCAGUUCUUCAUCGUCCCUGAACAAUACCAUAAUAGACAAUGUUCAUUUCUUAUCAUUUGAAGAGUGGAAGAAACAGAAAAUCAUAGAGAAGAACAAUCAUACCCUGGCCUCUUCAAUUCUGAGGAUACUAUCUUCUUCUUCCUCUUCUUCUUCUUCAAUAUCUACUGCAUCCAGCAUAUCAUCAUCCAAGUGUAUCUCAGCAAAUAACACUUGCUCUACUCAAAGUCUCAAUAACACAUCAACCGCAUCUAAUUCACCUAAUGGAACAACAAUUGAAGAAGAUGCCCUGGCGAAACCAAUCAAAGAAACCGAAGGUAAGGUAUACAAAGAUAAGUUCAAUUAUGCAUCAGUAGAUUGUGCCGCAACAAUAGUUAAAACCAACGCAAAUGCUAAAUCACCUUCAGCUAUCUUGAAAGAAAACAAGGAUUCAUACCUUCUCAACCAAUGUUCAAUUCCUAAUAAGUUUGUGGUGAUUGAAUUAUGUCAAGAUAUUCUUGUUGAUCUGGUUGUCAUUGGUAAUUUCGAGUUUUUCUCAUCCAUGUUUAAAGAGAUUAGAAUAUCAGUAAGUGAUAGGUUCCCCACCCUGAAUUGGAAAGUAUUGGGUGAAUUCACUGCCAAAAAUAUUCGUGAUGUUCAAAGUUUCAAGAUUGAGAAUCCCUUGAUUUGGGCCAGGUAUUUACGUUUGGAAAUACUCAGCCAUUAUGGUAGUGAAUUUUAUUGUCCUAUUUCUGUGGUUCGUGUUCAUGGGAAGACUAUGAUGGAGGAAUUUAAAGAAGAUACUGAACAACAGCAACAGCAGGAGCAAAAGGAACAGGAACAGCAACAAGAAAAAGAGAAGCCUGAGUUGUUCUCCAAAGAGGAACCUCAAAUGACCAAUAUUCUCAUGCUUAAUCAAACAGGUAAUGAAUGUCCCAUAAUUAUGCCCCAUUUGAAAUUAAAUGCAUUUUUGAAAGACAUAAACCAAACUCAAGACUAUUGCUUACCUCAAUCAGAACCAAUUACAUCAACUGCAAUCCCCACCACACAAGAAUCAAUCUAUAAAAACAUUAUGAAACGAUUGUCGUUAUUGGAAUCAAACGCAACUUUGUCAUUGCUCUAUAUUGAAGAACAACUGAAGUUAUUAUCUACUGCAUUUUCAAAUUUAGAAAAACGACAAACGGCAAAUUUCAAUGCCCUUAUCAGUUCAGUAAAUGUCACAUUAAUUAAUCAGUUGACAUCAUUUAAAGAAGCAUUCAAUUCUCUUCACGAUCAGUAUGGGAAUUUGUAUGAAACCCAGUUACAAUCUUACCACCAUCUAUUGCAAGACUCAAAUAAGAAAGUUUCUACUUUAACUUCAGAAUUAACCUUCCAGAAAAGAGUGACUGUGUUCAAUAGUAUCAUUAUUAUUUGCCUUUUAGUGUAUGUUAUCCUUACCAGAGAUACUUAUAUUGAUGUUCAACAAGACGAUGAAACUGAAGGGAAAGUCAGUACUCCUAGAUCAACCCCAUUCAAGAAAUUCACACCUACUAAACGAAACAAAUACAAAAAGGCAUGAUCCUAAAUUUAUUCUAUUUACAUGUAAAGUGUAUAAUUAUGUACAAAAGGUCCAAUAAUAAGCUACUGGGGUAGGAAACAUAAAAGCCUAUUCUUAUGGUUAUGUCUAACCAAAGAGGUCAUCAAAGUCAUCACGGUUCCUUGAAGAUCUUUCAUAUCCCUUUUUAUAACCUCCUCUAUUACCAGAUCCUCUGUCACCUCUGUUGUAUCCUCCUCUAUUGUUAUAUCCUCUGUCGCCACCUCUGUUAUUGUAACCACCUCUGUCACUGCGGGUGUAAUUUCCGUAACUUCCUUGUCUUCCGCUGUUGUAACCACCGCCUCUGGAAUAUCCACCAUCACGGUACCCACCAGCACUACCGCCACCACCACCAACGAAAUAUUCAUCGGAGAUAUCACGACUGACUCUCUUUAAUGAACCCUUCAUAAAUCCAGAUAAUCUAAUUUUUGCAUCGGCUUCACCAGUAACACGGCGGAAGAAUUCCAUAUUUUCUUCAACUAAUUUAUUUAAAUUUAAUCUGUAUUUAUCACAGGUUUGGAUCAAGAAAGAGAAAUUAGGUAACAUAAAUUCCUUGGUUUCUUCAUAGUCAGCUUGAACUUUGUAGAUAUCGUAUUGGUGAAUUUCGCUGGAUUUAAUCAUUUCCUUAAAGCUGACUUGGGCCCUUCUGGCUAAAGUGUUGGUAUAGGGUCUUUCACUCGUCGUUAAAAAGGUAACGGCCUUACCGGUCUUACCCGCUCUACCGGUUCUACCAACUUUAUGAACAUAAUCAAGAGGGUCGUCAGAAACACCAAAUUGGAAAACAUGAGUAACUUCUUUAACAUCGAUACCUCUAGCAACAACAUCAGUGGCAAUUAACAAACCCUUUGGACAGUUUUUGAACAUACGAAGGGCAUUUUCACGACGGCUGACAGUCAUUCCACCAUGAAUCUUGAGAAGUUGCGCUUCUCCCUUAUGGCCAAACAAUCUACGCUCAGAAGCAAUACCAGCUUGACUGAUUUGUUUCAAGUAAUCUUCAAGCCAAUCAACAGAAGUCUUGGUUGGAAGAAAAACAAUACCACGGAAAUGUUCUUCUUGCACGGCAUCGGCAAUGUAUGAAAUGGCGGUCUGGUAUUUAUCAAUGGCAUCUUCACAUUCAACCAAGAUCUGAUGAAUGUUUUCGUGAACAUUUGGUUCAUCGUCAGCAACGGUGUUAAUAUAAUCAUACUUUGGGUUAAUGUGCUUGACAGCAAAGUUGGUCAUACAGUCAUCAAUGGUAGCACUGAAUAAUAAUGACUUCAACGGCUUAUCAGGGUUAGCACGAACUCUCAUAAUACUGUCAUGAAUACUAUCUAAAGUAGGUUCAAAUCCAAUGUCUAAAAGUCUAUCGGCUUCGUCAUAAACUCUGAACGAAAGAGAGUCAAAUAAUUCAGCAGCAGAACGGUUGUC